AUGUCGCAGAUGGGCCGCGCCGUAAAGAACUUGGAACCGCCACGUCCACUGAAGUCAACGCUGAAGCAAUCGCACGUCCAUCUGCCGGUUUAUGAAGUUCAAUCAAUCGAGGAACUCAUAACGCUGACGGAGAAUGUGGCCGCUAGCCUGGCAAACGGCUGCAACAAUGCGGAUGGUGUAAACGCACUGCUGGCGAAUCUGCGGCUACACGGGCCACAACUGGAGAAUGUAUCGAAAGAUACGCUGGACCGUGCGUUGGUCAUCUUCCGCAACGCGUCACAGGACGAACGGCUGAACAUAAUGACGCGAUUGAAUCUGUUGCAAUUAAUCGAGCUGCGCGCCAAAUCCUGGCAGGUUUCUGAUGGUGCAAACACCUACUACAAACACAAGGCAACAAAUGUGGAGCCUGACAUUUUGGCCGACCCGAACCUGCUGGGAUCCUCCCCGCCGAUGGGCCAAGCUGUGCCCGCGCUGGCACCGGGUGAGCUGAUACGGACCUCUGGCAAAUUCCCGAAGCCUACGAAGAUACCCGGUAAAACGUACUGCAAGGACGAGAUCGUGAUUCGCAACGCUGAUUCGGGAAAAGUGAUGGGAAUCAAGGGACGUAGAGUUCAUAUGAUUGAAGAACUGUCGGAAACUGUAAUUUCGUUCCAAAGAGUGGCUACCGGGGCAAAAGAACGGCUGGUUCAAAUCACAGGUCCCAACGAGGAAAAAAUCAAUUAUGCGAAACAGCUAAUCGAAGACACAAUUCGUCGUAACGCGUCCCCGGUACGUUUGGACAAUUCCCAGGAUGGAUCCUGCAGUUCUCUAGCGUCAUCCGGUUCGGAUGAAACGGUCCCGAGAAAGGAGGCAGGAUCGAACGCAAGCGCAAGAAGUGCCUUAGUUGGGGCCAUGGCAGAAAUGGCAGCUAGCAAUGGUACGAACGGUAUGGGGGGCUUCAUACCCAACCAACAGUCAGGACCGGGCACGGUAACCGGGGCCCUCGGUCUGAAUCUCAGUGGCUACUCACAGACGCCACCAUCCUACACGCAUCCGAAGCUGUCGCGCAACGGGUCGCAGAACAAUGCGCAGCGCAACAGCGUCGGCAAUGGUGGUUUGCUGCUGCACAGCUUCUCCACGAACGAUGCGUCACUCGGCGAAUACAAGUACACGGUGAACGUGGGUCAACAUAACCUGAAAAUAACUGGCGACUGUUUGGAGCUUGUGAAGGUGGCCAAACUAGUGCUCGAUGAUUAUUUCAGCAGCAACGAAUUUCUGGCCUCGGUAGACAUGUGCUCAAGUUUCGAUCUACCGAACACUCUCUCCUCGCCGGUGGGAACGAUGCCUGGCCAGCAUUCGCUCAUCACCGGCACACCAUUCGUCGACAGCGGUGUCGGUUUGAACAACAUUGGCACCGCGGUCGGUGAGGUGGGCAACAGCAUCGAGCUGGACGAUGAUGUGUUCAUCGUCGAAGCGGGUGCGGCCGGCUAUAAGCCGAACGAAGUGCAAACCAGCAGCAGCAAUACUACGAUUUCAGCCAGCAACAAUGGCCUGAGCCGGUCUCGUCGGAGCCAUUUUUCGCGCAAGGAUAGUGCGGGUGAUGGGCUGAAGGAGACUACAGCGGCGGCAACCAAAUUGGAUACGAACGCAGUGAAACGUAUCGAAUAUGAACGGCUGAUUUACUACGCGAAGUCACCGUAUUCGUGGGAUUUGCCUGCUGACUGGAAGCGUAUAUGUGAAACUCUUCCUUAUUUGGUAAAAAAUAAGGAUAUCGAAGAUCAAAAGAAUCGUUUUAACGGUGACCAAUUUCUGGAAAUGAAAAAGCAAGCAGCAAAGGACAGUAGUGUGCAGGGCAGCAAUCAGCUCCCGGAUGCAGGCGAAGCCGCUGGCGAACAACAACAACCGAACAGUGAUGGAGCAACCGGCACCGGAGAUAACGGGGCCGUUGCCGAUGCAACACAGAUGGAAAAGGCCAGUGCAUAG